UUUUUCCAUCUUGACCAUUCCAAAGCGACAGACGACAAGACGGUAGGUCGAAAGAGCCUCGUAGCACAACUCAAGAUGUACUUGCCGAAUUAGUCAGCAUAUGUAAAGACGACCCGCCAAGAGGGGCCUGUCCCUGAUGUGGAAAGUGCUUCUCGAUGGUAUGCUCCAUUAGUACGGGAAGAGCGCAUCCUAAAUGCUCAUUGUCAGCUACAUCAGCAUUUUGCAUACUCUUUCAAAGCACUUUUAUUCUCUGCCUUGAUUCAUUCACAUACUUGCAUCUCACACCCAUCGCAUCCUCACACUCAGCAUGUUUCCAUCUAUUCUCCUGCAUUUGAGCCUGGCUGUCAGCUUUGCGGCCUCGAUUCCUAUACAGAGACGAGCUCUCUCACAGAACGACAUCAUUGGUCUACAAUUGGCCGGCUACCUGGAGAAUCUCGAGCUCAGUCUGUACUCCGGGGGCUGCGAAGGCUUCACCAAUGUGCAAUGGGCCACCGAUGGAUUCCCAGCAACUUUUCAGCAGGACGUCUGUGCCAUUGCGGAACAACAGCAGAACCAAACAGAGUUCAUCUCGACCACUCUCGAGACCAACGGCAUCCCGGCUCCUCAGGCAUGCAGCUACAGCCUAUCAUACGAUUCACCCACGAGCUUCGUUCUUCUUGCAAACCAAAUCACCUCUCUGAGUCUAGGCUACUAUCUGGGCAGCUUGGCCGGCUUCUCACCAGAGCUCCAGACUGUUGCAGCUUCGAUUCUCUCGGUCGAGGCUCGUCAUGAUGCCAUUAUCAGAAACGGGAUGGGAGCAUCUCCGUUCCCCACCAACCAAGACGUGCCACUGAGCUCCAUCUGGGCAUACAACCUGGCGCAAAAUUACACAACAUCUUGCCCGCAGCAGCUUCCCAUAGAUCUGCUCCCACCGCUGAGCUUCAAUGGUAUUUCCGGCAGUACUCUUGACUUCAGCUGGACUCCGAGCGCCAACAACUUCUCUGCACCUGUCGGAGCUGCUGGUCAGAAUCUCUACCUUGCUAUUGUUCACACCAAUGCCAGCGACCCGAUCUAUCAAGAAGUUCAGACUGGCCAGCAAGGUCAAGGCACUGUACAGUUGCCAGAAGGACUCGGUGGUGUUGUGUACGCCGCUCUGACUGCUUCUUCCGGAGACUUGACUUACCAUGAACUUACCACGACUGGCACUCUGGCUGGACCAGCACAGCUUGUCUUGUCAUGAGAAGAAGGAGAGUCCUGGCUCUAGUACAUCUCGAAGGGCAGUACAGUAUAGAGGCUUCUUGCUUUGGGAAUGAUCAAAUGGAUGGUAGCAACAUUCAUGUGGAGCAGCCGAGCAGUCAGGCGAAGGACAGUCGUCAUUUGCGUAAUAGCAGAUAGCACUCAUAAACAAUACAGAGUAAUCACCAGACACGUUGUCCUUGAUCGUGGGAAAUGGCAGCCUGUCGUUCGGGGGAUCGAGGAAGAUGGAGAUGGUUCAGCUGGCUGCGGGAGGUGCCAAGAACAGUGACGAA